AUGUAUUUUGAAGAAAGUCUCCUCAGUCUGUGGAUGGAUCUGACCAGUGGAAUGAUGAAUAUUCAGCUGAUACCUCAGUAUCCAGUGAUCGGGGAAUCUGCCACCCUGAGUGUUACUGGGGUCACUGGGAAUAUUGUAUCUAUCACAUGGUAUAAAGGACCAAACACAACUACUGAGUAUCAUAUACUCACAUAUCUUACUCCUGGUAAUCCACCAUUACUUCCUGGCCCUCCACACAACUCUCGGGUCACACAUUCCUCUAAUGGCUCAUUACUAAUCUCAGAUCUUACUAUCGCAGAUAGCAAUAAUUACACAGUGAAGAUACAGACAGAGAAUCCAGAAGAACAAGCCUCUGUAAUCCUGACUGUCUAUGAGCGGGUCAGUAAGCCAAAGGUCACUGCGCCUACCUCCCAGCCCAAGGAAAAUGACACAUUCACCCUGACAUGUGACACCAGGAAUGCUGAGAGGAUACUAUGGAGCAGGAACAGUGUCAGUCUCCCCUCUGGGCCCAUCCUAUCAGCAGAUAACAGGACGGUCACUUUCUCCAGGGUUACACGGGGAGACUCAGGAGACUACAGAUGUGAGGCUGCAAACCCAGCCAGUAAGAAUACCAGCGAUCCCUACCCAGUAACCGUAUCCUAUUUUCCACAGAUGGCUUCUUCGGUGACCAUAGGAAGUAUCACUGGGAUUGUGGUUGCAGUCCUGCUAUUGGUGGCUCUUGUAACUGUGUUACUUUACCUGUUCCUUAUACGCAGACCACACAACAAGUCAUCUAAUAGCGAUAUUUCAAUUACGGAAAUCCCAUCUGCAAAUGGUCAGCCGAGCACAUCGAUCACGGUUAGUCUCCUCAGUCUGUGGAUGGAUCUGACAAGUGGAUUGAUCAAUAUUCAGCUGAUGCCUCACUAUCCAGUGAUCAGUGAAUCUGUCACCCUGAGUGUUACUGGGGUCACUGGGAAGAUUCUGUCUAUUGCUUGGUAUAAAGGAAUAAACACAACUCCUGAGUAUCAUAUCCUCACAUAUCUUCCUGCUAAUCCUUCCCCACUACUUCCUGGACCUCUAUACGUCUCUCAGAUCAGGCCUUUCCCUGAUGGCUCAUUAUUGAUCUCAGAUCUUAACAUAGCAGAUACUGGUAAUUACACAGUGAAGAUGCAGACAGAGAGCACAGCAGAACAAGCCACUGUGAUCCUGACUGUCUAUGAACACCCACCACCAUCUGAACCAAAUGUAGGACUCAUCAUAGGAAUUGUGGUUGCAGUUCUGUUAGCGGUGACUCUUGUUGCGGCAUCAUCUUACCUGUUCAUUGUAUGUAAACGACGAAAAAAGCCUUCAAAUAACAUGAAUUCAGUGAUGGAAGAGCCAGCUAGCAAUGGACUUGUCGGCUCCCCGUCUAUGGAACAGCCAGAGCUACAAUAUGCUGAUAUUGAGUUCAAGAACAAAAACACAAGAAAACAACAGCCUCUGUCUGGGACAAUGCAUGAAGAUGGGAGUCCACCAAUGCAGCCUCCGCCGGAGAACAUAGUUUACUCUGAAUUAAGAUUACAGUGACCUCUGCUCCCUGACCAGGAAAUAGUAUUAGAUCAUUUCUACACAUGCUUCAUUUUGCCACACAUCAGCUCUGCAUCAGCAUUCGGGAAGGAAUCAUUGUCUGAAGAUGUUAGUCUGGUACUCAGGAAGUAAGAUGUUAGUCUGGUACUCACAGGAAGUAAGAUGUCAGUCUGGUACUCACAUGAAGUAAGAUGUUAGUCUGGUACUCACAGGAAGUAAGAUGUUAGUCUGGUACUCACAGGAAGUAAGAUAUCAGUCUGGUACUCACAGGAAGUAAACUCAGUCCGUAAUAACAGGACAUGAGCUGUCUAUGACUUUCUAGUAUCACACAAAGUUGUUCUCAACUUGAAGUGAUCACUGUGUGAUGUCAGAAUGACUGCUAACAUAUAAUUAAUUUAUGUUUCAAAUUAAACUCAGGUUGUCAUUGGCUGAUGCAGAACUAUGGAUUGUUGCUAGAGAACGUACGUGUGUCCGUUUAUGUUGCUGCCUAUCUUGGGUGUAUAAUGUACUGUUAAUAAUGUAUCCAUGGAUUAAACUAGCUUUAUAAUUUUUUUAACAUUAAACUGUUAACCUUCACUACAUAAGGCCUCAUUUUCAUAUAGGAAUAAAUAUUUGGCCUUAUGCUAUAUAUAUAUAUAUAUAUAUAUAUAUAUAUAUAUAUAUAUAGUCAUGGAGCUACUGAUGACUUACUGUAAUAUCCUUAUCAUUUACUGCAUGUGCAUGGGUUAAGAAAUUGAAACAUUAUAUGUUGGAGGAAAAAAUGCUGCCUCCUGAACCUAAAUUAUUAUUUCCUGUGUCCUUAAAUCAUGUGACGGGUGUGGAUAUUUAAUAUCUUGAUUAUCUCAGGGCAGAGGUGUAGCUAGGUGCCAUGGUGCCCGGAGCAAGGGUGUGUUUUAGCGCUCCCUCCCCUGUACUGGAUUGGAUACCUAGCAAACCUGUGGGGGCAUGUUACAUUUGAAAAGAAAAAAUAUUUAAAAAUCGGUGAUAGUGCCAGUUCUAGGCCUUGUGGAACUCAGGGUGCAUCAAGAAAUAUAGGAGUGUGGUUUCAUGGGUAUGGGUUGUGGCCACAGAAUAGUACCAAUUCACAUUACACAACACAGUAGUGUCAAUUAUUAUCAUUACACCACACAGGAGUACCCCUUAUAUGUUAAGCUACAUAGUAGAUCCCCUUAUUCAAAAACAGUAGAACACCUUACACACGUUACACCACACAGUAGUACCCCGUAUAUACGUUAUGCUGUAUAGUAGAGCUCCUUAUUCACAAUACACCACACAGUAGAGCCCCCUAUACACAUGACACCACAGUAUAGCUGCUUAUACACGGGACAGAGAGUGGUGCUGCAGAAGCCUGGGAAGAAAGAAGUGCUGCAGCAUCUGAAAUAGAAACAUGUGCUGCAGCUUCUAGAAAAGAGAGAGAUGAUGCAGAAGCUGGGACAGAGAGAGGUGCUGUAUCAACUUGGUAAGAAAGGUGCUACAGCAACAGGAGCAGAGAGUGGUGCUGCAGGACAGAAGUAGCCCUGCUGCACAGCUACAAGCAGACAGUGAGACAUAUAAAGAGGGUGGGCAGAGCUCUGGCAUGUACUGGCUCUCAGUCCCUCUCAGUUGCCUCUGGCCUGCCCUGUUCCCUACCUACUGUAUUUUCUGAGUCCGAGUCAGAGUGGCGCCCUCACUGGCCCGGCUUUGCAGCUGCCUAUACAGCAGUUCACCGUGCAGCAUGAGGAGGGAGGGUGGUGACGCGCUCUCUACCUUUUUUGGUGCCCGGAGCUUGCGCUCCACCGGACCCACCCUCGCUACACCCCUGUCUCAGGGCAAAGAGCAUAUUUUACUGUAUUACCAGUUGUCAUAUAUUGCAACCCCUCAAAUAAAAUCUCUGUCUGUGGAGUUGACCAGGUAUCGUCCAAGGAGGGGUAUGACUCCCCAGGCUCUAACAGCAAAUCUGGAUCUCUCUGCUAUACUGGGUGCCUGUGAAGAUCCCUGUUCCCUAGUCCAUUAUUAUAAUAGGGAUGUUAUGGCUGCAAUUGAUAUUAUCGCCCCUUUGCGUAUAAGACCUCGUAAACCACAACGUCGAGCUCCCUGGUUCAACAACAGUGUUAGUGAGCUCAAUAAAAGGGGGCGUAGACUGGAAGACGAUGGAGGAAGACUAACCUAGUGGAUGACAAAAUAAAACUAAUAAAGCAUAACGAAGAAUAUCAAUCGACAAUCACUCGUAAGAAAUCACAGUUUCUGUCAAAUGAGAUCACGGCAGCAAACAAUAGGCCAGAUCAACUUUUCCGCACAGUAGAGAUGCUUUGCAAGCCAGCAUGCCAGCAGACUGAUGAAACCCUCUCCCAGGCAAGAUGCAACGAGUUUGCAAACUUCUUUGCAGAUAAAAUAUCCACCAUUUGGGCUUGAAUCUCCACAGUGCAAUCAAAGGAGUGUCAAACUACAAAACCUGCCAAUAUAAGCCACCUGCCUUCAUGGACCAGCUUUCACCCAGUGGAUGUAAAGGACACUGCUGAAAUUGCUCGGAUUUUGCGUCCCACCACCUGUGAUCUGGACCCUGCCUCAACCAAGCUUCUAAUAGGUUGUAUGGAUAUAAUUGGUCCUGUCUUUGCAAAAAUUGUUCAAUGCUCUUUGCAGACAGGCAUAUUUCCUGGGCCCCUAAAGGAAGCAAUUGUUAGACCUCUUCUUAAAGAAUCUAAUUUAGAUCCAGACUGCAUGACCAACUACAGACCAGUAUCAAACCUUCCUUUUCUAGGAAAGGUUAUUGAGAAAGUGGUUGCAAAUCAACUGGAAACCCGCCUGACAACCCAUGAUAUCUAUGAUCCAUUCCAAUCAGGAUUCAGGAGAAGACAUAGCACUGAAACAGCCCUGGUGUGUGUGUUAAAUGAUCUUCUGACAGCAAGAGACAGAGCCGACUGUUCAAUAUUAAUCCUUCUGGAUCUCGCUGCAGCAUUUGAUACCGUGGACCAUGGGCUUCUGAUUGAGCGUCUGAUACAUUUUUGCGGACUGGAUGGCACAGUCCUAAAUUGAUUCAAAUCAUUUCUCACAGGCAGGUCACAGAGAGUAUCGUCUGGAUUAAACUCAUCACCAUCAGUGCCAUUGCCAUGUGGUGUCCCACAAGGUUCUAUACUAUCCCCCAUGCUUUUUGCAGUGUACAUGCUCCCGCUGGGUGAAAUAAUCAGGCGCCAUGGGCUAGUCUACCACUGCUAUGCAGAUGAUACACAACUGUACUUGUCCUUUGCUCCGGGCACUGAUAACCCAAUAGCAACCCUAAAUGGCUGUCUAGCUGAACUACUGGAGUGGAUGAGCGCCAGUUGGCUGCGACUGAACCCGGAUAAAACAGAGGUCCUUAUGAUACGACCGCAACAUCAAAGGACAAGACUGCAGCAUAGCCAACCAACUGGACUUACACUCGGGGAUUUGGAAUUACAAACCACUGAUCGUGUGCGGAAUCUUGGCAUUGUCCUGGAUGGUGGCUUGACACUUAAACAUCAGAUAUCAGCCACAAUCAAAUCCUCAUUCUUUCACCUGAGGAACAUAGCCAGAAUCAAGCACUUAAUUCCCUCCGAUAAUCUACCAAAAGUCAUACAUGCAUUUGUAUCAUCUCGAUUAGACUACUGUAAUGCCCUCUACCUUGGUCUCCCAGCAAAAUAAUUGCACCGCUUACAGCUGGUGCAAAACACAGCUGCCAGGCUGUUAACCAAACAGCCCCAUUCUAGCCACAUAACACCCAUCCUCUACUCCCUUCACUGUCUGCCUGUAAGAUGGCGAAUCAUCUUCAAGAUUGGCUUACUGAGUUUCAAAGCACUACAUGACCAGGGCCCAAGGUACUGACCCCAUACUACCACACUCGAUUACUGCGAUCUGUAGAUGAAGGACUUUUAGCAGUACCUAGAAUCUCCCGUAAUUCAUCUGGGGGUCGAGCUUUUAGUCAUGCGGCUCCGACUCUAUGGAACUCACUUCCCCACACAGUGCGAGAGGCCCCAACUAUAGAAUCCUUCAAAAGUAGACUCAAGACUUUCCUUUUUACUCAAGCAUUCCCAUAAUUGUCCCUUUAGUAUCUCCAUGCUUCUGUAUUUUAUGAAAAUCUGUUCUGUACUUCAAUAUUUUCUGUACUAUAUUAUGCUAUGUAUCUGUUAAGCGCCUUGAGUCCUAUUGGAGAAAGAGCGCUAUAUAAAUAAAAUUAUUAUUAUUAUUAUUA